UACAUGAGAAAGAUUAGCUGAAUACUCUAGGAUGUAAUUUACUUUCUUAAGCAGUGGCUAUUAUUCAUGUCUUUAAUUCAGCCAAGGGAAGAGAUGGUGCUAAGUGGAAAAUACAAGACUGGUGAACAAAUACUUCGUCUAGCAAAUGAAAGAUUUGCAGUUCCAGAAAUACUCUUCCAUCCUUCGGAUAUUGGUAUUCAAGAGAUGGGAAUUCCUGAAGCCAUUGUUUAUUCUAUUCAGAAUUUACCUGAAGAAAUGCAGCCUCAUUUCUUCAAGAAUAUAGUUCUCACUGGCGGAAACACCCUUUUUCCAGGCUUCAGAGAUCGCGUUUAUUCUGAAGUUCGAUGUCUUACUCCUACUGAUUAUGAUGUUUCUGUUGUUCUUCCUGAAAACCCUAUUACUUAUUCUUGGGAAGGUGGGAAGCUCAUUUCUGAAAAUGAUGAUUUUGAAGACAUGGUAGUAACUAGAGAAGAUUAUGAAGAACAUGGACACAACAUCUGUGAAGAGAAAUUUGAUAUAUAGGUAGCAUAGUUGAAUACAGUGUUAUUCCAUUGUUUUACUCAGAAUGGAACUCUGAACCACAACCUGUUUUCUUCUAGUUAGGAUUGUGUUUUAGCUUUCCUGUAUUUAAGUGGGUUGGGAAAAAUAAUUUUCAGAGUUUAAAAAUAAGGUUUUACAAGCCUAAUACUAUGAAAUAAUAUGUUCAUUGUCAUUUCAGUACGUUCUCAUCUUUUCCUGUAGCUUCUUUGUAUUCUUAUUGCAGAUAACCUCAGUGCAUCAAUAAAAAUACUGAAUGCGGGUACUAGUGUGACACUAAUA